AUGGCUUCUCCUCAGUAUCUGACCGGCGACAAGCCUGGUAUCCAGCAGUUUGUUGAUAGGUUUGACACCUUUCUAUUUGACUGCGAUGGAAAGAGAAUAGUCUUUGUCACGAACAACAGCACCAAGUCGAGAGCAGACUACAGGAAAAAGCUUGAUGGCCUGGGAAUCAAGGCUGGAAUAGAAGAAAUCUUUUCCUCUUCAUAUAGCGCUUCCGUAUACAUCUCGCGUAUCCUAGACCUGCCGAAAGAUAAGCGCAAAGUUUUUAUUCUCGGAGAAUCUGGUAUAGAACAAGAGCUCGCUGCCGAAAAUGUGAGCUAUAUCGGAGGGACGGAUCCGGCAUAUCGGCGGGAAAUUACCCAGGAAGACUAUCAGAAAAUUGCCUCUGGUGACCCUUCAUUCAUGGAUCCGGAAGUUGGGGUGGUGCUGGUUGGCCUAGAUUUCCAUAUCAACUAUCUCAAGCUCGCGGCCGCUUUGCACUAUAUCCGACGAGGUGCUGUCUUCCUCGCAACCAACAUCGACAGCACUCUUCCAAACUCUGGCUCUUUGUUUCCAGGAGGAGGCUCUAUAUGCGCACCUCUUGUUGCUAUGCUUGGAGGUGUAGGAGCACCCGGUGCAGAGCCUCUCUCGUUGGGUAAGCCUAGUCAGGCAAUGAUGGAUGCCAUCGAGGGCAAAUUCAAGCUUGACAGGAAUAAGACAUGUAUGAUCGGUGACCGAAUAAACACUGAUAUCAAAUUUGGUAUUGAUGGCGGCCUUGGGGGAACGCUAGCAGUUCUUACUGGGGUGACCUCAAAGGAUGAACUUAUAGCAUCGUCAGUAGUCCCCACCGCUUAUGUUGAUGCACUCAGCGAUUUGUUGCAAGGUGCAUAG